GGCACUGUCACCUGCUGAGAUUCAAGAGCGACGAGGAAGUGUAGCCCCGAGUACUGGAUGUCAGACUAAACACAAACAAAAUACAUCUCCGCCGCACAGUAGGCACUUGCUCGUCAGCUGUUCGCUACAUCGGCGUGUCAAGAUGUUUAAAAAACUCAAGCAGAAGAUAAACGAGGAGCAGUCGCCGCAGAGGAAUGCGCAGUCACCACAGCAGGCCCAGCAGAUGGGCAGUGGAGACCGGCGCAGCAGCCAGACCCCUCCGUUCCACCCUGAUGGCACACUCACUCCCGGCGACAGAGAGAUGCUGGCCGGGAUGAUAGCAGAGCCCGCUUUUCUCUCUGAGUAUACUAUCUUUGCUCUGGACCAUUCAAAACGACCCAAAACGGCCCAGGUAGCCAGUGUGAGUGCCUCAAAAGGAGCUGCAAGGUCUCCAAGAGGUAGCAUCAAUGGGGACGGAAGCGCUUCUCCUCAUAAAGAGGAGCCUCAGUCAUUUGCCCAGAAGCUACAGCUGAGAGUUCCCUCGGUGGAGUCAUUGAUCCGUGGUGGUGCCAGUCGCGCAGAAAGUCUGUUUCGCUCUCCAUCUAAAGAAAGCCUGGUCCGAAGCUCAUCACGCGAGUCCCUGACACCUCUGGGAGAAAAUGACUCGCCAGGUGCCCCGUCGUACGAUCCGCCCUCGGAUAUCGAGAGUGAAGCCGAGGAGCCACCAGGAAGUGCGGAGUCUCUGUCUAAAGAGCAGCUGGUGCACCGGCUCCUCAGAGUGGAGAGGAGUCUUGGGAAGUACAGAGGAAAGUACUCAGAGCUCGUUACUGCAUACCGAACAGUACAUCGAGAGAAAGAAAAAACGCAGGCCAUCCUCAGUCAGAGUCAAGACAAAGCUCUCCGUCGGAUCGGGGAACUGCGGGAGGAGCUUCAGAUGGACCAGCAGGCCAAGAAACACCUGCAGGAGGAGUUUGAUGCUGCGCUGGAGGAGAAAGAUCAGAUGAUCACCGUUCUUCAAACACAGGUUGCUCUGUUGAAGAAACGUGUUAAGGGGGUCCCUGAUGGUGAACUGGCACCUGAAGGCGAGGUCCCACAGUCCGCGGUCACUGAAGACUCUACUUCUGCCACACAGAGUCCUUCUAAGGAGCAUGGGACAGAAUCUGAAGGCACCGAGGCAGAGGGCGACAGUGAUCCUACCAAACUCAUGGAGGCUCUGCAGAAGAGAGUGAAGAGGCAGGAAAACCUGCUGCAGAAGUGCAAAGAUGUGAUGCGUACACACAAGGAGCGGAGCUCUCAGCUCGCCAGUGAGAAUGAAACUCUGCAGGAACAGCUGCAGGAGAGAUUACAGGAGCUGGAGAAAAUGAAGGAACUGCACACGACAGAAAAGACCAAGUUGAUCACUCAGCUGCGUGAUGCCAAGAACCUCAUUGAACAGCUGGAGCAGGACAAGGGCAUGGUCAUUGCUGAGACUAAGCGGCAGAUGCACGAGACACUAGAAAUGAAAGAAGAUGAGGUCGCGCAGCUUCGCUCCAGGCUUCAGCAGGCUAUUGCCCAGAAAGAAGAACUGCAGGAACAGAAAGAAAAGGCUGAGAAAUCAGCUUUUGAAGAACUUGAACGGGCUCUGGGCGUAGCUCAGAGGGCAGAGGAGGCCCGAAAACAGCUGCAGGUUCAGCUGGAUGAGCAAAUGCAAGCAGUUGAAAAGGCCCAUGAGGAAGAGAGGAAGACUCUGCAGCAUGAACUCACACGAGUCAAACAGGAGGUGGUCACCAUCAUGAAGAAAUCAACAGAGGAGACUGUGGCUCAUAUGGAAAAACUUCACAGUGACGAGUUGGCCGCUAAAGAAGAUGAGUUAAAUGAAAGAAUCAACAAAGCGGUGGACCAAUGCAAAGAGGACUUUGCACAGUUGGCCAAGGAGAGAGAACAACAGGCCUCUCUUGCUCUGGAGGAUGUAGAGUUACAGAAGACGGCUAUUAGGACGGAGGCUGAUAACAAGGUUAAAGAGAUACAGCUGGAGCUGGAGACUGCAAGAACUGUGAGCCUUUCUAAAAAUAGGAUUUUGGAGCUGGAGAGCUCAGUGGGCAAGGUCUCAGAAGAUGAAUCGGGUCUCUCCCAUGAACUUUCCAGUCAACUGGAGGAGCUGAAGAAUAAACACAAGGAGCAAAUCUCUGCAUUGGAGGAAAAGCACCAGGAGCAGCUGGAAAAGCACAAGGGCACCUUAACCCAGCAACAUAAUGCUGCUCUUGAGGAGCUCAAGGAAAAACACAGAGUUGAAAUGGAAACCCUUCUGAAAGAUAAGGAGCUGCAGUUCCAAGCACACGUCGAAGACAUGAACCAGAAAACGUUGGAGAAACUGGAGGCGAAGCAGGCGGAAUUGGAGGCACUUUCUGCUGAACUUUCAGAGCUAUUUAAGAGUAAACAGGUUCUGGAGGAGAAGCUGGUGGCAGCUGAAGAUGCUAAUAGCUCAGCCCAACAGGAGCAUGACAAAAGGUUUCAAGAUCAAGUGUCAAAGCAUGAUGCAGAGAUUGCACAUAUCAAACAUGAGCAUGAGAAGUCCCUCGGAGGUAUCGAGAAAACGCUAAAGGAGGAAUGUAAUGCACUGAAAAUUGUUCUGAAGGAAAAGGAAAAGGAAAUUAAACAACAAAUCCUGAAAGAGAAAACACUACAGGAAGAAUCACAUUCAACUGCACAAGCCUUAGAAGUCAAGAUGAAGGAACUGGAGGAGCUGCAACGCAGUUUAUCACAAUUCCAGUUAGAAAAUGAGAGCGUAAAGGAAUCUAAUGCACAGUUAAGUAAGAUGUCAGAAGAUCUUAAUCAGUGUAAGAGAGACUUGACUGAUUUGGAGCAGCAGUUGGAAGUAGCAAAGAGUGAUUGUCAACAAAAAGAGAAGCUGCUUCAAGACAUACAGCACCAAUUACAAGAGACCAAGGAUGAGCUUUCAGAGAAGGAGAAGUCGUUUACUGCAGAACUGCACACUAAGGUCGAAGAACAAACACGCCUCAAGAAACAGCUGGAUGAUGAAAAAGCUGCCUACGAAAAGAAGCUGAAGAACACUAAAACCGAGAUGGAAGCGAAGCUCAAAUCGCAGGAGACGAAGAUGGAAAAGUUCAAACAGAAGGCCAAAGACAUGCAGGAGAACUUCAAGAAGAAGCUUCAGCAGAACGACGAAAACAUGAAAAAGGAGCUCGCGAAGAAGGAGGCAGAGCUUCAGCAGAAGGAGCAGCAAGUGCAAGAGAAAAUAGUUGAGAUGGCCCAAAAAAGCUCCCAGGGCCACAGCAGCGCAAUGUCCGAGCUGCAGGCCAACCAUAAAGAAGAGCUGGAGAAGCUACACGCCACCCACAAGCAUGAGAUUGAGAAGCUGGAGCAACAGUGGCAGGGGAAGUUAGGACAGCAGGAGGAAGAACUGACAGAGAAACAUUCAUCCACGCUACAGGAGAAAGUCCAGGAACUGGAGGAGGUGUCUCAGCAGCUUAGUAAAAGCAGAGCAGAGGCUGAGCAAGUAUUAUGUGAAAUAAAGGAUUUAAAGGAGGACCUGGCCAUUCGAGAGACCACCGUGCAGAAGCUGCAAGAGGAGCUUAAUGAAGCAGCGGUUAAGCUUGAAAGUUUGUCCCAGGCUGAAGCGUUGCUGAAAGAACAAGUGGAGUCGGCAGAGAGGAACCUUAACCAGGCUCUGAAUGAGAGAAACGCCCUCCAAGACAAACUGAACACAGCAGAGGAAGAGAGCAGAGAGAAGCUAAAGACUCUGACAGACAAGCUGGAUGACACAGAGAAACAGCUUGAAGCCCUGGAAGGUUCCAGAUGUAAGGAAAGUGAGGACUUGCAGAGUAAGUUUGAGGAAACUGCUACUCAGCUACAAGCCAAGGAAGCGGAGUUCCAGCAGCAAUUAAUUUCUAUCAUGAACCAAAUGGACCAUUACUGUAAGGAAGUUCAAUCUAAAGUGGAGUGUGGGGCUGAUGAACUCCAACAAAGAGUGGAGCAUAGGGUGAAAGAGCUGAAUGACAGACUGCUCUGUAGCCAGAACAAUGUAGGGCAUCUCAAAAACAUAAUCCUCACUAAAGUAGAUAGAAACUGCACUUUAGAGGAGAGUCUUCGCCAGCAGGUGGAGGAGAAGAAGAAUCUAUGCACAUCAUUGGAACAGAUGACAGCUCAGGUAAAUGCUCAAACGGAGCAAAUAAACGCCUUAACACAAGAGAGGGAGAAUCAUUCCCUGUCCGUCGGUGAGCAAAUUCAGAAAAUUGAGGAACUGAGUGAAGCAAACAGAAUCAUAUCAGAAAGCAUGAAAACAAACAAGCUGCUUAUCGCAGACUUGGAAAGCGUCAUCAGCGACUUGAAAAAACAGCUUGCGAGUAGCAUGCAAGAGAAGGAGGAAGCCAUAAAUAAUGUUAACCAGCAGUAUGCAGAGGAGAGGCAACGGGCUGCUGCGCAAAUGGAGGAGACCGUUGCGAGAUUAGAGCAGGAGAGAAAAUCUGCUUUGGAGCAGGCAGAUGAACUCAGGAACAGUUUGUCUGAGUAUGAGAACAAGUUCACCCAGAAUGACAACGUUAUAACGUCUCUCCAGCACCGGCUUGAAGAGCUGGAGCGAGAAAUCUCUGAGAAGAACGAAACUCUGCAAAGGUUGUCCGCAAGUAUUGACAAUCAGUCCAUCAGCAAGUCUGAGAUGGACCAGGUGUUGAGUGAGAAGGAGCAGAAAGUAAGUGGACUUACCUCGGAGCUCGAGGGUUGCAAAGGCCGACUCGGCGAGCUCCAGGAGCAGUUAGCCUUAAAAACUAAAGAGUGUGAACAGCUCUCAUCUGACCUCAAACAGCAACAUAGCAUCAGGGAGAAUGAGAAGAAGGAAUUGGUCGAGCAGCUGCAGCAGACCCAGAUGCAGUGCGCUCAAAACGGCAAUUUGGAGCAAGAGAUGGUAGAAAAGAUACGCUCCCUUGAGGAAGACAACCAGAAGUGUAAGGACCAGCUCGAAAGUCAAAGGGAGGAAUUUGAAAAGAUUAAAGAUGAUAUUAUCAGGGGCAAGGAGGAGAGUCUGAAGGCAGCCGAAGAGAAGGUUGCGGAGAGCUCUCGGAAAGUAUCGGAGCUGAAGAAGAAAGCCGAGCAGAAAAUCAGCCAGAUUAAAAAACAGCUGACCUUGCAGCUGGAGGAAAAAGAGCAGACGGUCCAGGCUCUUCAGACGAGCCUGGAGGAAAUCAAGAGCAAUGAAGCAUCUGGCAAAAAACACAUGGAAACAUUAGAAGAGAAAACAAAAAUGCUCGAGGAAGCUCUUGUCAAACUAAAGGAAGAGCAGGAGAAAAAUCUUGAACAGAUUCUGAGCAACGAGAGGCUCGAGAGAGAAAAGUCUUUGGAAGAGCUGAAAAUCAUGUACGAAGAGAAGUUGAUCUCGCAUCAGAAAGACGACGAAACGGAAUCCACGUUGCACGUGAUAGAGGCAAAGCUGAAAGAAGCAGAAGAGCAGAAUGGAAACCUUCUUGCGGAAAUAAACCGCCUUAAAGAGGAAUUACGCGAGAAGGAUGCUCGGCUCGAUCAACACCAGGCGACUAUCACACAGCUCCAAACUCCCGUUGAACCUGAGAUAAAGGUGGAGUGUAGCAGCGUCCAGCAAACCAAGAGCGAGAUGGAAAACCACUCUCCCAUGCAAGAAGGGGAUGAGGAUUCUCUGCAGUCGCUCAAGGAGAAACUCCAUCAGAUGAAAAACGAGAAGGAGAAGGUCCACAAGGACUUCACCCGGCUGCACAAAGACAUGAGGCAGCUGAGGAAGGAGCACGAACACGAGCUGGAGUACACGAAGAAGGAGUUGUUGGAGGAGAACGAGAAAAAGCUAAAACUCGAGUUAGAAGAUCUGGAAAUGAAGCACAACUCCGCUAUGAAGCAGCUAUUACGGGAGUUCAACACACAGAUGGCUUUGAAGGAGAGGGAGCUGGAUACAUCUGUGAAGGAGACCAUUGAGAAAGCCCAGAGUGUCGAAGCAGAUCUCAUCAGUAUCCAUCACGAAGAGGUCAGUCAGCUGAAGAAGGUGAUUUCUCAGAAGGAGGAUGAUUUGCACAGAACGGUUCAGAAAUAUGAACAGGUUUUACAGAGUCGAGAGGAGGAGAUGGGAGACAGAGUGUGGCAAGUUCAGAAACAACUUGAGGAGUUACAAGCUUCAAGCCAAGGCUCCUCUGAGAAGACCACAGAGGACCUGCAGGCUCAGCUCGCUGAAAAAACAACUCUGCUGAGCGAGGCCCGGCUGAAGGAGCAGGAGUUUGUGGAGAGGAUUCACUCGCUCGAGGACAAGAUUAAAUGUUUCCACCGAACCACUGUUGUAACUCAUCUCGGGAGCACAUACAAAGAUCCUGGAUUCAACACGUCAGAUGCCUUCUCAGAACCUGCUGAGAUGGAGUACCUGAGGAAGGUGCUGUUCGAGUACAUGAUGGGACGAGAAACAAAAACAAUGGCCAAAGUGAUAACGUCCAUGCUCAAGUUUCCUCCUGACCAAGCGCAAAAGGUUUUGGACAAAGAAGACUCGAAAACAAUACCUUGGUUACGAUGAAUGUCUGAAGGAUUUGAGUGCUUCGGGAUUAAAACUCUGCUGCUGCUACUGCUGCUGAAGGGGAAGACUGCCAUGGAUUUUAUCAAACCCUCCUCUCUGCAUUUGUUGUUGUUUUAGGUGUGCGUGUUUGUGUGUAUGAGACUACACUAUGGGACAUAAAUGUGUGUGUGUGUGUGUGUGGUGCAGUGUAUGUGCAUACAUCUAAAGGUAUGAGGGGAAAAAAAGAGAAUUUGACACAAAUCUUCCAUAAAUCCAGUUUUACUUUGAAAAUAGGUUUAAUUUAUAUGUUUUAGGUGAAGAGAAAUGAUUUUCCUUUCGUUUUUAGAAUGUGUUUAUACGGAUUGGCUUGUGCAAUAAAUGAUAUCACAUAUUGAUGCGGACGGUCAGUUGAUUUAUAGGUUUCUGUGUUGUGCUGUUGUCUGAAUCGCUUCCUCUGUAAAACUGUAAACGACCCUUUAACUGUGCACUCGCACCACGUUAAGAUAUCGGCCUCUGGACCUUCGUUUGUUUGGCACAGCUUUUCUACGCUUUAUAUUUUGACACUGACAGGAAACCCCAAAACAAACACUGUAAAUUGUAUUAUGGAAAAUAAAACUGUACUAUAAGGGCACUAUAUGACUUGCUAUACAUUUUCAGACUAACAAAUUAAAUCCUAUUUACAGAA